CCCCGCUGCAGGGCUCUGUCGCGCUGCUCUCCGCCGAUCUGCGGCGCGCAUCCUCAAAGCAGCGCGACAGGCGCCACCUCCUCACGGAGCGCGCCCUCGAUGGCGAAGAGGUGGCGCGGAUCAUGAAGCCGAUGGCCCAGCUCACAGAGCUGUUGUUGGACUGGGUGGACACGCGCAGCCCCCACUUUGUCGUCGCAAGCCAAGCGGACAUGGCCCGAAACAAUAUGUGCGACAGCUGCGUCGAUGUCAUCAACCCUACAAAGAUCGUGAGGACGAAGCCAUGCAAAUGCUGCGAGAUGUACUUCUGCGCGUCGUGCAGAGCGGCGCACUGGAGCACGUGCGAAAGGUGCAAGCGGCGCAAGCGCUGCCUGCCUUGCCUAGAAUCCAAUGCCGACCGGGUGUGGGAAGGGGACUACGAAGACCACGACAGAUUGUGCGAACGUUGCUCCGAGGAGGUCGAAGAUGAUUCUGACACUGACGAGAACAUGUUUGGUGGAUAUGAUUGGUGACUCCAGCUCCCCAUAUGUCACACGAGUAAUGCGCUUCCCAUUAUUAGGGGCCUAGAGAACCCACAACCCCCUCUCCCUUUUCUCUGUUUCUCCCACAGUACGUGCCAGUAAC